AUGCCCUGGCGGCCUCUGCCUCGCAUUGCAUUCGCGGUCGCCAUAUACCCGUUCCAACCCUCGUCGCCCGCGGACCUGCCGCUGGAGCUGGGCGAUGAAUUGUACAUAAUCGAGCAGGGAGGGGUCCACGGCGAGUGGUACCGCGGCUAUCUCGUCGCCCCGCCGUCCCUCCUCGCCGGACUCACCAGCGUCAAGGGCCAGACAUUGGAGGCGCGAGUCUUCUCCGGCAUCUUUCCGAAGAACUGUGUCGAGGUGCGCGAGGUGCUCGGGGAUGGAGAGGGGCGCAAACCGGUCCAGAGCGAGGCGCAGUUAAGCGCGGACGUGCCGAACGGGGUCAACGGCGACAAGCACAACAAGAGGGACAGCACGUCUCCGUCUUUCCCGCUGACGCCGUUGUCGGUUGGCCCCCGAGACCCCAAUGCGCCCAAACCUGCAGCACCGGUACCGAUGUUGAAGAUUGGGGAUGAGACCCCCACGUCGUCGUCGGAACCGCUGGUGGAUGAGAUCGCAUCAUGCCUGCGAGAAUGGCACUCCACCAAUCUGCACGAGCUGCUGCUCGCCCGGAAAUACAGCGUGCUGGAGCAGAUGUCGGAGAUUGUCCAGGAGCUGGAUCUGGCCCGGAGGCAACUGCUGCACAAUGUCCUCACCGGACAGGAGAGAGCCGCACUGCGGGAGAAAACAGUGUGGACACUGGUGCGCGGCAACAAGAUGCUGAGCGGGGAGGUGAUCGUGAGAGAUCCCAAGCAGCGCGGUCGCUUGCUCACUGGGGAGGAUUCCGCCAUUCAAUUGACGAAGCUUCAAUCGGAAAUGAGCAUGCUGGACAGCAGCGCCACGACCAAUGCAGAGCCUGCCGGACUGCACAAUCUUCUUUUCGAGGUCAAUGCAGUGUCAGGAACGAAUUCCGGCCCCGUGACGGUUUCGAUGUAUCUCAGCACCAAGCUGGAUAACGGAACGCUGAAGCCACUCUCCGAGACCUACAUCUUGGACAUUCCUUCGCCUGAGAGUUUUGCGAGUCUUGCGCAUAGCAGCAGGCUGAAAACGUUGUUCACCGAAAUUACCGCAACGGAUAUUGGUGAAGUCUCCGGCGGCAAUGCUCAGCUCUAUCUUGUGGCAACGGUGCAGACAGCCCAGAACCCGAAGACCAAUUUACCCCCGAGAGCACGGUCUUCUGCGUCGAGGGAUGGGGCACUGGCCAACAAGACCACGAAUCAAGUCAACGGCGGCGGCUCCAAGGGAAGUCUGAAGGCUCGACGGAGCGUGAUCUGGACUUCGAGACCACGGGCAUCGCCGAGCAUUGAGUCUGGAAAGGAAAAUAUCAGGGCACCUCCCUCUGCUGGUAGCACGGCGAGUAGUCAGGACCGGAAGGACUCGCCUAUUAAUGACGCCAUGGUUGUCCGUACUGUUGGAGCUGGUGUCAUUGAGGUAUCUCAGGUCUUCAGGCAGAAUAAGGACGUCGAGCAGGUGAUCAACAUCUGGUCCCCGAUAGGUGUGGAUGACGAGGAGGACGACCAUAUGGAAGGCUUUGAUGAGCUCAUUCGCAGUGUCCUUCCCAGUCCCACCGGAAAAUACACGAGGUCGCAGCGGGCAGCGCGUCUUCAUACGCAUUUAUCGCCGUUUGUUAGCGAUGACGCCGAUGCGCUGAUCCGAAGUAAUCCUACCACCAUGCAUAAUGUAACCCAGACCAGGAGAAUGGGAUUCCCGACUGCUCCGACGAAGCCACGAUCGGACAUCUAUAUCACUGUAUCUCGCGCCAUCUUCCCACACGAUGCUUUCCUGUCCCACCCACAGGCUGGUCAUGUUCCUGUCCCGAUGGCGUCAGGAUUGCGGAACCUACAAUUGACUUUCGAAGUGCGCAAUUCGUCGGGAGCUCGUGUGGAACGGUGCAUAUACGCAUCUUCGAACAGCAACGGCCAUACAGCCUGGCGAUCCACGGUUGCGGAACGGGACGCCUCGUGGAAUGAGACCAUUAGGCUCAAGAUUCCCACGGAUCAGGUACCCGGCUCCCAUCUGAUUAUGAGUAUAGCCGAUGCACCAGAAUUCCCGUUUGCUCUGGCUUGGAUGCCGCUCUGGGACCAGCAGGCGUUCCUGCACGAUGGGCCCCAUUCGUUACUUUUGCAUGCCUACGACAAGACUACUUCUAGUAUUGAGAACGGCAGAGGUGCCUAUCUGUCUCUUCCCUGGAGCGCAGCUAGCAAGAAGGAGUCGACCAAGGACGAGACCGUUACUGGAUCGGUGGCUACGCUGCGUAUUGAGACGUAUCUCUGUAGUACUGAAUACUCGCAGGAUCAAAUCAUGCUCGGUCUGAUUAACUGGAAAGAGCAGUCAGCGGAUGAGGUGCUGCAGAUCCUCAAGCGGCUUGUUUUCGUUCCCGAAAUCGAAAUCGUUAAGCAGCUCAGUGGAGUUUUUGACGCGCUAUUCGGUAUUCUGGUUGAGAAUGCCGGAAAAGAGGACUACGAAGACCUGAUCUUCAACGAUUUGGUGAUGGUGCUGGGCAUUGUGCACGACCGCCGUUUCAACCUGGGACCGUUGGUCGACCACUACGCCGAGAAGCAGUUCAACUUCCCCUUCGCCACCCCUUGCUUGAUCAGGAGUUACCUGCGGCUGCUGCAGGCCAGCACGGAUACCCAGCAGUCGCGGAAUCUGCGCGCUGCCUUCAAAGUUGGCCGACAUCUCAUGAAGUUUAUUAUGAACGCCAGAGCGCAACAGAAGGCCAAGGAAGAAGAGAUCGGAAUCACAAAGAUCCAGACCUCGUUCAGUCGAGAUAUCCAUUCAAUCUUCAAGUCGCUCGAAGGGUUGAUGAGGAGCCCGAAUCCGAUCUUGGUCGGCAGUAAGACGCUCAUUGUCCAGCACGUGCACACUUGGCUGCCUGAGCUGAGCAAUGUCCUCAGCAAUGACGAGGUUGUUAUGAUCUCGUUGAGCUUCAUGGAUUCCUGCAAAGACGUCAAGGGGUUGCUUGUUCUCUAUAAGCUGGUCCUGAUUCAGAACUACACCCGGAUACCGGUCUUCGCCUCAGGGCCCGAACGACAGACUCUGAUUUCGAGCUGCAUCAGCUGGCUGGCACCGUAUUGGGGCGCCACUAAUGAUGUCUCUGACCAAUACCGCGAUCAGGUGCGACUCUGCUGCUCUGUUGUGGCGGAGCUCUUGAAGCAGCCCGAUCCUCUGCUGUACGAGUUCAUGCCGAAGAUCGUGUCUACCUACUGCGCCAUCCAAACCGAGGGCGUAGAUGAUACGAACUAUCUUUCUUUGCUCUUUAGCAAGUCCUUCCCAUUCCAGGUCAAGCCUUCCGCUACCAAGCAGAAGUUCGAUGAGGGGCUUGUAGAGCUGUCCGCCCUUAUGGCUGCGAUUGCCAAGAUCCGGAACCCGAAGCUGCCUGUCAUGAAACCCAUUGAGCUGUCCACGUUCCUUGCGCAGGUCCUGGAAUCCCAUCUCUCAGUUCUCAGCUGUGACGCAUACCCUGAGAGCUGGCUCAGUGUGCAUAUUUACAACCACCGCGCUGCCAUGAAGAGCUUGGAGUUUAUUUCAUCCGUCAUGAUCAAGUCUCUACUUCCGUCGCCGGACGAUGCUGAUACGUUCGACAUGAAACUGUGGGAGGCCUUCUUCGCAACAUUGUUGAAGCUCGUCUCCAGUGAUGCACUCGCGCUGGAGACCUUCCCGGAGCAGAAGCGUCGGGCGGUUUGGAAAAUCGGUGGUGACGUUCGCGAACUAGGAGCCGAGCUGCUGCGCCGGAGCUGGGAGGCUAUCGGCUGGGAGACCACCGACGAAGAGAGGGAGCGGUUUGGUCUGAAGAGGCUAGGUGGUUACCAGGUCCAGUAUGUUCCUGGCCUUGUGCCGCCUAUCAUUGAGCUUUGUCUCAGUGUUCAUGAGGGCCUGCGACAUGUUGCUGUGGAAGUAUUGCAGACGAUGAUCAUCAGUGAAUGGAAUCUGAACCAGGAUCUGGCGAUUAUCGAGACGGAGGUCAUUUCAAGUCUCGACCACUUGUUCAAGACAAAGCAUAUGAAUGAGAGUAUUACGCAGAAGCUGUUCAUCAAUGAGCUGCUCGAUCUUUUCCACGCUAGUCGUACUUCAGACGAAGGUCUCUCAGCCUCUGUGAGAGAGUUCAUUGCCACUAUCGACGAGCUCUUGGAUCUGCUCGUGGCUUCUCACAGCGGCGAUAUGAACGAGAGCCUACAUACGCUCAAGCUGAUGGAGUUCAUGAAGGAUAUGGGCCGUGAGGAUAUUUUCAUCCGAUACGUGCAUGAGCUCGCUGAUGUGCAAGCUGCUGCUCGCAACUACAUUGAGGCCGGUCUUGCUCUUCAGUUCCAUGCCGAUCUGUACGAGUGGGAUCCCAACAAACUUGUUCCUGCAGUGUUCAACCCCCCACUUCCAGAGGAGUCGUCGUUCGAGAGGAAGGAAGCACUCUACUUCCAGAUCAUCCAAUAUUUCGAAGAUGGAAAGGCUUGGGCCCACGCCCUUGCUUGCUACAGGGAGCUAGCGUACCAGUAUGAGAUUACGAUUAUGGACUUUUCCAAACUCUCGAGGACACACAGCUCCAUCGCCAGGAUCUACGACGCCGUGGCCAAGGAAGACAAGCAGUUCCCACGCUACUUCCGGGUCGUGUACAAGGGCCUGGGUUUCCCGGCUACCCUUCGGGACAAGGAGUAUAUCUACGAGGCGUAUCCCUAUGAACGCAUGGCAGCCUUCACGGACCGCAUGCGGAAACAACAUCCUGCAGCACGGAUCAUGUCUUCGGGUGAGAUUGACGAUCUCGAGGGGCAAUUCCUGCAGAUCAAUUCUGUUAGCGUCCACCGAGAUAUGGGACAUCCGGUGUAUCAGCGGUCAAAGCUUCCGAGCACCGUGCGGGAACAUCUGUUGAUCUCUGUCCCGAACCAAUUCUCGAUGACCUCGAAGAAGCACACUGGUGGAACUGACGUGAAGGAGCAAUGGGUUGAAAAGACUAUCUUUACGACUGCGGAACCUUUCCCGAACAUCCUACGCAGAAGCGAGAUUGUUGCGGCGGAUGACCUAGCGCUGUCGCCUCUGCAGACUGCUAUUGAGCGUACGUGGCGCAAGACGCAGGAACUUCUUCUUCUGGAGAAGCGCGCGAAAGCGGGCGAUGACCCUAGUUUUUCCGCCUUGACUGAGGCUCUUAGUCAAUUGCUCGAGUUGAACUCGUCUUCGCCCAGCUGUGUGGCAUUGUACCGGCAGUUCCUAACCGAAGAGCAGCCUCGGGAAGAGGAAGAGGAGGGACUGGAGGAGCAGGAGGAGCUUGUGAGGCCAAUUGACCCGCUAGAAAAUGCUCUGGCUGUGGCUCUUAUCGAUCAUGCCUUGGCUAUCAAACACUGCCUGAACCUCUUCUCUCGGCCGGCUCACCUAGCCACGCAGGCAGAACUUACACGACGGUUCGAGGAGGCGUUUGCACCUGAGCUUGCGUCGCUCUCGGCUCAACCACCGCCGUCGCAGUCACAGUCACAGGAGUCCCCUCAUCUACUUGGCUACCGCAGUCCUAGCCUUGGCAAUGGUCAACAACAGUCUCCCCACCAGCGGUCUACUAGCCCUGAGCAGGAGCUUAUCCGCUCCAGCCGUUCCCAAGACCGCAAGCAUGGUGACAAGCACUCUGUCGGCCAUCGCAUCAGUAUCAUGAACCCCUUCAAGCGGGCUCACCAUCUGGCGUCUGGGUCUGUCGUGACGGUCAACGGCCAUUCUGACGGCAGACGUCCUUCCGAGGCCAAGUCUAAUGGAGAGACCAUUCAUGACGACGACGACGCUGCCACCAUCCAUAGUCGGACGACCAGCCGUUCUCGCGGAGGCAGGAGCGAUACGCACUCGAAGCGCAGAAGCUGGUUUAGCGGAGACAAGUCGCACAAGUUCAGUCCUUCCGUCUCCGCGGCUGAGAUACCGAUGGAAGAUGCCCACGCAACCCCACGCCGACAAGCGUCGACUGCAUCUCGUCGCAGCCAGCCUGACAGGAGACGUUCCAGUUCAAUGCAUCGUACCUCGUCUAUGCACCGCACCUCUUCCAAACGAGAGAGACCAUCGAAUGCAAGCAGAUCCGCUCUUCCUUCAGCGAGCAACCAUGAGCGUCCUGAGACGUCAGGCAGCCGUAGCCAAUCCAUUAAAGAGUCAGUGAUCGCCAGUCCUUCGUCGAACCACAGCGUACCCGCGACGAACACUGGCGGUGUACGGGAUUCCGUCAUGAAGCGGUUCAGUCUGCUGAAAAGCGUCGGACGAAAGAACGGCCGUCUCGGCAUGGGAGAUCUCAACGGAAGCUUAGGCAGCGGAAACGGGUUCAAUGAACCGCUCCGCGAGGAGUAA